AUCUACAUUUCUUAAGUUAUAGACUAGAUUUUUUGCAAAGUUUUGAAUAAAUAUCUCGUUUUUAUAUUCUGAAAAUUUCAUUAUGAUUGAUGCAUAUCUUCAAGUCGAAUAUGCUCUCAACAAAAGCAGAUUUGCAUUUGUCCAGCCUGCUGUCAUUUUAUCGACAUUUUCUACCUUCUUGAGCAGCUGUUCGUCAUGUAAACUCACAGAAAUUGUCUGUGUGGUGGCGUGUGGCGUGUGGCAAGUUGCAAGUUGUUGUCUGUUGCCAGUUGCCGCAUCGUAAAUUGAAUUAUCAUAAAAGGCAUUCAAAACGCACUUAAAGUCAACUGACCAAAAAUUUAAUUAAUAAACUUGGCUACUGGAGAAGUUGUUUUAUUUUUCUCCUCUCUCUUUCUCUCACUGCCUCUCUUUUUAUUUGCUUUUGAUGUGCACACAAAUUGAUUGCAUUAAUUUUAAAACAAGGCCACAAAUAAGUUUCAAUUCUCUACCACCUUCGAUCUACAGCACAUGCCGAAAAGACUUGCAAAGUGAAAGAAAAGUGCAAAGUGAAAUAAGCGUAAACCAAAAGCAACCAAAACAAAAUAAUUGAAACCAAAUAAUACAAAGCCAAAAAAAAAAAAAAACAAAAAAAAAACAAAAGAAAAGAAAAACAAAUCCAAAAUCAAUCCCAAAUUUCAAAAGAAACAACGUCAAUCAAACAUCAAUCAAAGAUGCUGAAAAUACACAUGCUGGAGCAGGUGGUCAACACGGAAAAUGUCCGUGAAAAUGGAGCACAGGAGUUGUCGCCCAAACGCAAAGUGGCAGGUGGUGCAAGUGGUACAAGUGCUGCAAAUGGUGGCAGCUCUUCCUCCACGAAAAGCACGCCCACUGUCUCGGCAACCUCCUCGCCGCAUCAUCAGCCCACUCCGCCGCAACGUCAUAUUCAUGCUACGGCCGCAGUGGCAGCUGGCAAAAGCUUCAGCCAGGGAUCCUCACCAGCCGGACGUCAGCAUGCCUUCAUGGCGGGCGGCAAUCAGAAGCAACAGCAAGCGAGCAACGUCGGCAGCGGCGCUGGCAGCGUCACUCACAGCCCGGAACGAUUGCGAGGGGCGACACAGGAUCUCUUCGAGCUGCUGGAACGUGUGCAGUGCUCGCGAUUAGACGAUCAACGUUGCGUGUUGCCAGCGUAUUUCUCACAGAAUCAUCGUGGCAGCAAUGGCGGAGGUGAGGAGCGUGUGCCACAACCGCAUUCACCACACGAUGCGGGUCACAAUGGAACAGGAGUGGGAGGAGCAGGAGGAGUAGGAGGAGGACUACAACAUUCGGGAUCACGAGCCACAUUGCGUCACUCGAUGAAUCACUCGAGCAGCUCAGUUUCGGGAUCCGCAUCGAGUUCGACGCCAGCAUCACCGCAACUGAGCGGUGUGGUGAGUGCAACGGGCGGACAAUUGUUAUCGAAUGGCCACCACUAUCAGUCGCAAUCGUCAAUGUCAUCGAACUCAUCGAUUGUCUCCGCGAUUCCCGCCUCGCAGCGUUUGCUCGAGGAUGCCCUGUCCAAGCCGUCGCCAUAUCCGAUGAUCCUGUUGCCCAUUCAUGGUGGCUAUUGGCUCGAUGGCACCGAGCACGAGUGCACCUUUGAUGCACGCGGCAAUCCGCAGUUGCCACAGACCACUUGGAUGGCCAAAUUCGAGACAGAUGACACGGCCAAGUGCUAUAGACGCUUCUAUGCGGCCCGGGAGCACUCCAAUCUCGUUGGCCAUGACGAUCAGUUGGGCCCGGUGCUCAUUUCGAUCAAAACGGAGAAUGUGGCGAAUCAGGAGCACAUGCGAAUCCUGUUGCGUCUGCGUACGGGAACAAUGCAUGAGCAGAUUCCCGUCUCCUGUUUGGGAGCAACGCCGAGUCCGGCGAAAAUGGUGCGACUGUUGAACGAACAGAUUCAGGUGGAUAACUUUAUGCCCGUGCUGUGUCCCAAGGCAUCGCAAUUGAUCAGUGUGUAUGAUGAGCAUGUGCUCGUCUCCCACUUCAAGUUUGGUGUGCUGUAUCAGAGAUACGGUCAGACCACCGAGGAGGAGCUCUUUGGCAAUCAACAGACAUCGCCGGCAUUUGAGGAGUUUCUCGAUGUGCUCGGCCAGCGCAUACGUUUGAAGGAGCACAAGGGCUACAGGGGCGGAUUGGAUAUACAGAAUGGACACACUGGGGAUACGGCUGUCUAUGAGGUGUUCAAGGAGCGUGAGAUAAUGUUCCAUGUGUCCACAUUGCUGCCACACACGGAGGGCGAUCCACAGCAGCUGCAGCGCAAGCGACACAUUGGCAAUGACAUUGUGGCCAUUGUGUUCCAGGAGACGAAUACACCCUUCUCGCCGGACAUGAUAGCCAGCCACUUUCUGCACGCCUUCAUUGUGGUACAGCCCCUGGAGCCGAACACUCCCCACACCCGCUACAAGGUCAGUGUGACCGCACGGGAUGAUGUGCCCUUCUUUGGUCCCACGCUGCCCAGUCCGGCGGUCUUCCGCAAGGGUCAGGAGUUCAAGGAGUUCCUGCUCACCAAGCUGAUCAAUGCGGAGAAUGCCUGCUACAAGGCCGAGAAGUUCGCCAAGCUGGAGCUGCGCACUCGCACCUCUCUGCUCCAGAAUCUCGUCGAGGAGCUGAAGGAGAAAACGCGCGAUUUUCUUGGCGCCGAUCUCUCCCAGACGUUGGCGGGCAGCCCCACCCCCGACACACCCAAGUCGGAGAGUGGCGGCGGCGGCGGAGGCGGGGGCAAUGCGGGAACCCGCUUCAUAGACACCGUCAAAAAGGCACUGAUCAUGCGGGUUCGAUCCCAAAGCGUCGACACGGGCAACGGUGCGCAUCCGGACAAGCUCAGUGUCAACACAAAGCUGGGCACACUCAACGCCAAGAAGGAGUUGCAACUCGAGAACCCACAGACCCCCAAUCUCAAUAGUUGCAGUCGCACGGCCUCCAAGUCGUCCUCGAAGUCCAAGUCCUCGAAUGAAUCCACCUCCUCAUCGCCGGACAUCACAUCCCGACCGGCAAACAACAACAAUACCAACAACAACAACAACAACAACAUUGGUGGACACAACAACACGACACAACAAAACGUUGGCGGAGUGGGAGCCGGAGUUGGAGUUGGAGGCGUGGCAUCAGCAGCCGUGAGUGCAGCCCAGAAUGGUGGCAUUGUGGGCGUGGCUGUGGCCACCAUGUCCGAGACAAGUGACGACUCCAGCUUAAACAGUGUGGAUCUGGAUCCGAUGAUGGGACAUCUGGACGGCGGCGCCGCCUACAUUGACAGCGAUACGGGACUGGAGAGCAUGAGUUCCGCGGAGGCAACAACAAAAGCCUGCUCUCUGUGCCUCGAGGGAGUACAGAGCACAAUGAUGGGCAGUUCGCCGAGCAAUGAGACCAUCAUGAUGAUUGAGAAUCUGCGCCAGGAAGUCACACGACUCAAGUGCGACAAGCUCGAUCUCUUGCGACAGAAUGUGACCUGCCAACGCGACAUUAAGCGACUAAGAGAGAGAGAAAUGUCGCUACAGGGCGAUUUGGCCGCCGCUGGACGUGAGAUUCUGCGACUGCGCGAUCUUCUCAGGGAAUAUAUGCCGGAUACGGCUGCGGCGCCGACUUCCAUAUCGCCCAUCUAAGCGUCUAACGCCUGGCAGGCAGAAAGGAGAAUGGAGACGGACGAAAGGGGAAGCAGCAAGAAAGAGAAUAAGUUACCACUGUGCCGUGUAUAACACUUUGGAAGCGUCGAGUUGUCGUUGUUUUUUUGAAGGAGAAGUUGAAGAAAAAAAACUGUAUUAUAUUUAGUAGAACUCGCAGAGAUCAACAAAACGUAAAGAAAAGAUCGGAAAAGAAAAGAUCGGAAUUAUUAUAACAGUUAGUACAGUUAGUAGUCUAACGAUGCGUAUAUGUAUAACAGUUACAAACUAAACAUGAAUCAACACAGAACACAAAACUCAAAAAGUUACACCAAAUAUUUAGAAUCUAAGUCUUUAAACAUAUUUAACGCAAUGCUAAAAAUAUCCCCCCAGGACUAAUCCUUAACAUAAGUAGAAAGAAAGAGACACAGAGUGGUAAAGCAUGAAGCAGAGAGA